UUUACUUCAUACUUGCCCGACGGGAAGUUGUUGAGAAAGAAGAAUAAAAUGUGUGUCGCCGACAUGGAGUUCGAUUACAAUAAAGCUUUAAAGCGACAAAAUUUAAAAGAUUCGGAAGUGGAAGAACUUCGGAAAAGUGUCAAACAGAUUGAAAAUGUGCCAAAAAAUUUGAGUUCGAAAAGACUUCUGUGCUUUCUUAGUGCGUGUAAUGGAAUCGAUGAUGCUGCAAAUGUGAUAUCAGCUUAUUAUGACAUUCGUAAAGCUUGCCCAUCAAUCUUUUCUAAUCGUGAUACACUUUCACCAGCAUUACAACAGUGCUUUGCAAAUCAAUAUUACUUCCAUCUACCCAACACUCCGGAAGGGUAUUCAGUUAUCUAUCAUUGCUUAUCGAACCCCAAGGCUUCCAAUUACAUUUUCGACGAAGCCUGCAAGACUUUCUUCAUGACAAUAGAUUCUCUUUUAUGUACUCGUGGACCAUCAAAAGGUUUGAUAAUUGUCUUUGAUAUGAGAAACGUGGGCUUGCGACAUCUGCUUCGGCCGAGUAUCGAAUCGCUAAGAAUGUAUUUCCGUUUUCUUCAAGAAGCUUUACCUGCCAAAUUAGAAGCCAUGCAUGUAGUCAAUUGUGUUUCCUUUUUCGACAUGGUCUUAGCAUUGAUUAAACCAUGCAUGAAGAGUGAAAUCAUUCGAAAAAUUCAUUUGCAUCAUGGAACAGAUUUUACGAAUUUUCAUCAAAAUUUUGUAGCGAAAUCUUGUCUCCCAUCAGACUUAGGUGGAGAUUUAGAAUCAGUUGAAGAAUUACAUCAGCAACACGUCUUGGAAUUUGAAAGACUACGAAAUUAUUUUAUCGAAGUAAAUAUGAACGUUGAUUACAAGUUCGAUUAUUACGAUGCAAUAAAGAGAAGUAAUUUAACUCAAUCUCAAGUUGAUGUGUUGCGUGGAAGAGUUAAAAGUUUAUCACUUGUCCCAAAAACGUUGACAAAUAAACAACUUCUUUUAUUUCUGAAUCAUGCUGAAGGUGAUGUUGAUAAUGCAGUAGAUUCACUCGUUAAACAUUAUGAAAUAAGAAAAAAAGCACCGCAGAUAUUUACAAACCGUGACGCAAAACUUUCGGAGAUAAAACAAUGUUUGGAUAAUCAAUAUUUUCUGAACUUACCUUGUACACCUGAUGGCUAUGCCGUGGCUUUUCAUGGAUUGUCGAGUCCCAUCGCUAAGAGAUAUGUUUAUGAUCCAUCAGCAACCUCUUUUCUCAUGAUGAUUGAGGCUCUUGUGUACAAACACGGACCAACCAACGGCUUGAUUCUUCUCUACGACAUGAAGAAUUUCAACGCUGGCCAUUUGUUGCGGAAUAAAUUGAGUUCGAUGAAGAAAUUCUUAGCGUUCUUGCAAGAGGGAAUUCCUUACAAAAUUCAUUCCAUUCAUAUUUUCAACACAGUUUCGUUUUUUCAUCUUGUAAUGGCGAUUAUUAAACCAUUCAUGGAUGGAGACAUCGUUAAGAAGAUGCAUCUUCAUUCGUCAUCACUUGAUCUUGAAAAGUUUACUGCUGAACAUGUGCCGCGAUCUUCACUUCCAACAGAGUUUGGUGGUGUUUGUGAUCCCGAAGUUAAAAGGAAAUUUCGAAAGUUACUCGCUGGGGCUUUUGAUUACGAAAAGGAAUUGCGAGAUCACAAUUUGACUCAAGAAGAUGUCGAUAUAUUCAGAGAGAAGCUGCUUUCAUGUGAUGAAGUGCCAAAUGCAUUGAUGGAUAAGGUUCUAGUGUUGUUCUUGAUAACUUAUAAAAAUAACAUCGAUAGGAGUAUUAAUGUUAUUAAGAAUUAUUGUACAAUUGUGAGAAGCACGCCAGAAUUUUUCGGCAACAGGGAUUUUGAUUCGCCAAAUGUUCAACAAACACUGAACAACCAGAUUUACGUCACUCUACCAAUUACACCUAAUAAUUGCAAUUUAAUUCUCUAUAAAGUUGCUAAUUCUGAUCCAAAGAAUUACAAUUUUGAUGACAGUGAGAAAACUUUUUUCAUGACAGUUGAAAAAUGUAUAUAUCGCAAUGGCCCUCGAAACGGUGUGAUUUUUUUGUUUGACAUGAAAGGAGCUCGUCUUGGUCAUGUCUUUCGACCAUCCUUCAGUUCAUUAAGGAAAAUCAUGAAAUUGGUGCAAGACUCGUGCCCAUUUAGGAUUGUAAACAUUCAUGUAUUGAAUACAACAACGAUUGUUGAUGUUAUCAUGGCUAUGCUCAAGCCUCUUAUACGAUCAAAUCUUUUAGAACGAGUUAUUUUUCACCCUGUGAAUUUGGAUUACAAUAAAUUUUAUGAAGAAUGGAUUCCAAAAUCAUGUUUGCCCUCGGAUUACGGUGGAGAUCUUCCCACAAUUGAAGAAAUGCAUAACAGUCAACGUGACUCACUUUUAGAAAUGCGAGAUUACUUUUUGAUGGAAGAGCGGAUACUAAACUUUGAGUUUGAAGAUUAUGAUUUUGAUAAACCUGACUCUGAUGAUAUGAGUAGUUUGGUAUCCAAAUUCAAGCAAAUCAUUGAAAGCGCAUACAACUACAAAGAAGCGUUGGAACGUGAACAAAUAAAACAAGAAAAUGUGAAAGCUUUAAGAGAAAAAGUAAAAACUUUUGAAUGUGUGCCGAAACUUAUAGCUGAUAAUCAACUUAUUUUAUUCCUUAAUGCAUGUAAAAGUGACGUCGAUAAAAGUGCAAAACUUAUUCACAAUUAUUAUCAAAUUAAGCAGACAUCGCCGGAAUUUUUCGCAAAUCGUGAUGUAGAAUCGGAAGAAAUUCAAAAUUGUUUAAACAAUCAAGAUUAUGUAGCGCUGCCAUUAACACCGGAUAAUUGUCAUUUAAUAUUUCAUCGUUUAUCAAAUAAUGAUCCAAGCAAAUACAAUUUCGAUUCAGCUGCAAAAACUUUUAUAAUGUUAACAGAAUCAUCUUUUUUCCAUAAUGGACCGAGGUCGGGAAUUGUUUUUCUCUUUGAUCUUCAAGGAGUUGGCUUUAUGCAUUUAUUUAAACCAAGUAUAAGUUCAAUGAGAAAAGGAAUUAGGCUAGUCGAAGAAGGAAUGCCAAUUCAAAUGAAAGCAGUUCAUGUUUUAAAUUCUGGAAUGGUGUUCAAAAUGAUUCUUGAAUUAGAUGUAAGACAUUCAUCGGAAGAAACAAUGGCAGAGUUAGCGAAUCGGUUAAUUGAAGAUGCUUACGAUUAUGAAGAAGCUUUAAAGCGUCAAAACUUGAGACACGAAGAUGUUGAAAGAUUAAGGGAAAAGAUAAAGGAAUCAAAAUAUGUGCCAACAGAUAUGUUUGAUAAGCAGCUUCUUCUUUUUUUAAACGCAUUUCAAGGAAAUGUCGAUAAAAGCGCAGAAAUGUUGAACAACUACUAUAAGUUGAAGAAAACCAGUCCUGAGUUCUUCAAAAACCGCGAUCUUCAAAAUCGUGAGAUUCAAGAAUCAUUAGAUCAUCAAGAUUAUGUGGCACUUCCCAUCACUCCCGACAAUUGCAUUUUAAUAUUUCACAGGUUAUCGAGCUUCAAACCUAAACAUUAUGUCUUUGAUGAUGCAGUGAAAACUUUUAUUGUAACAUCAGAAGCUUACGCAUAUCGCCAUGGGCCACGGUCGGGUACAAUUUUUGUAUUUGACCUAACUGGUGCAUCUUUGAGCCAUUUACGUCAACCAGCUAUUAGUUCACUUCGUAAAGGAAUAAGAUUUCUUGAAGAUGGAAAUCCUUUUGACAUCAAAGCAAUUCACAUUCUUAAUUCUGUGUCAUUUUUUAAUUCGAUAAUUGCGUUAGUUAAACCAUUCAUAAGGUCAGAGAUUUUAAGCAAACUUCAUUUCCACUCAUCAAACAUGGAUUACGAGAAAUUCUAUCAAGAGUGCAUCCCAAAGUCACAUCUGCCAUCAGACUUUGGAGGCGACCUUGAAUCUGUUGAAGUUCUUCAUAAAAAACAUCGAGAGGAACUCAUGGAACUUCGCGAUUACUUUAUAUUCGAGGAAAAUCAACAACUAACAUCGCCUAAAAAUUUAAUGAAAAAAUCCUCAAAGAAGGAUGCAAAUGCAAAUGAAAUUGAUCGUUGGUUGAUAAAAAUGGCAGCAGCAGUGCAAGUUUUCCAAGAUAUUCAACGAAAUGCUUACAACUAUAACGAUGCAUUGAAGCGUAUAAAUAUGACGAGGGAUGACAUUGAGAGAUAUCGAGAGAAAUUAAAAUUAAAGGAAGCAGUGCCAAAGUUUUUGGUUGAUACACAAUUGCUGGUUUUUCUGAAUUGUGGUGAAGGCGACUAUGAUAAAGCUGCAGAUAAGCUUGAAAAUUACUACGUCAUUAAAAGAACAUUACCUGAAUUCUUUGUAAAUCGUGAUGUUAGAGAUAAAAAGAUUCAACAUUGUUUUGAUUCAGUUUAUUUUGUUGGACUUCCGGUUACUCCUGAUGACAAUUAUGUAAUUUUACAAAAGCUCAGAAGCACUGAUCCCAAGGAUUACAAUUUUGAAGACUCAGUCAAAACGUACAUCAUGAAAACUGAAGAAUAUGCUUAUAGGAAUGGCCCAAGAUCCGGAACAGUUUUCGUAAAUGAUUUAACUGGUGCUUCAUUCAGGCACAUCUUUCGUGUUAGCAUGAGUUCAAUUUUCAAAGGAAUGAAAUUUUUACAAGAAGGAAGUCCAUUGAAUGUCAAAGCGAUUCACAUUUUAAACUGUCCACCGUUCUUAAAUGUAAUUAUUUCAAUGGUGAAGCCUUUCAUCUGGGCAGAAAUGAUGAGUAAAAUUCACUUUCAUUCAUCAAACAUGGAUUUCGAAGAGUUUUAUGAAAAGCACAUCCCAAAAUCAUGUUUGCCUUCUGAUUAUGGUGGAGAUUUGGAAUCGGUCGAAGUGCUUCAUAAUCGACAACGUAAAGAAUUUAUAGAUAUGCGAAAUUAUUUUCUGAUGGAAGAGAAACAAGUGAAUUUUGAAGGCGAUCAAUAUGCAGAAGCUUACGAGGAAUACAGAAAGGAUCCUAUGUUUUUAUUCUUAUCUUAUUUCAAGCUUCUUCUUUUCCUCAUAAACACUAAUUGCGACAUUGAGAAAAGCUCAAAAUGGCUUCAUCAUUACUACAAAAUGAAAAGAAAUACUCCCGAGUUCUUUUUCAAUCGUGAUGUUCUUUCGGAUGAUAUUCAAAGAGCUUUUGAGAAUCAAAUUUACUUCUAUUUACCAGUAACACCAAACAAUUGCCAUGCUGUAUUUCAUAAACUCUCAAAUCACGAGCCUAAACUUUAUGAGUUUAAUACUACAGUAAAAACAUUUAUUAUGACUGCAGAGGCUUGUUUGUUUCGGUAUGGUCCAAGAGAUGGAACGAUUUUUAUCUACGACAUGGAAGGUUGUAAGUUUGGCCACUUAUUCCAAGCAUCAAUCAGAUCAGUUAAGAAGGGACUGGAGUUUCUUCAAUAUGGAAGUCCAAUGAAUAUAAAAUCAAUCAUUAUUUUGAACGCGCCAUAUUUCAUGGAUGUUGUGUUCUCCAUGAUCAAACCAUUCUUGAAGAAGGAGUUUAUUGAGAGAAUUCAUUUGGUUCAUGAUAUGGAACAUUUUUACAACAACAUCAUUCCACGAUCGCACAUGCCUUCAGAUUAUGGUGGUGAAUUGAAAUCUCAAUCAAUAAAAACGGACGCAAUGGACGAUGAUCAAAAAUUUGAGGAGCUUCGUAAAGUUUAUCAAAAAACUGUCGAUGAAUUGAUGGAAAAGGCUUUCGAUUUAAAAACAGCACUCAAAACAAUAAAUCGUUCAGAAAAUGAAUUAAAAGAAUUGCGUGAUUUAGUUGAAAGUGAAAAGUGGAUACCACGUUGUGUCACUGAAAAACAUCUUGCAGUCUUUUUGGCAAAUGAUGGAGACGUUAAAGACUGUUUUGAACGAGUUAAAUUGAUUUUCAAAUUGAAAUUACAAUCGCCAGAAGUCUUUCGCUAUCGUGAUCCAUGUUCAGAUGAAAUGGCAAGGACAUUUAUGUACCAGAACAUGUUCUACCUUCCAGUCACUCCAGAUGGGUACAGCGUCUGUUUUGGGAAUUUAAGAAAUACUGAAGUGCAAAAUUUUCAUUUCGAUUCGAUUGCGAAAGCUUUUUAUAUGACGAUAGAGUCGACCUUUUUAAGACAAGGCCCACAAAAAGGAAUAAUUUUCCUGGUAGAUAUGGCGGGCGGAAAAUUGUGGCAUCUUUCAAGAAUCAAUAUCAAAACCAUGAAAACAUCUUUAAAGUUUGCAAUGGAUGCAGCUCCUGAAAAAAUUAUCGCGUUUCAUGUUCUUAAUGCUGUUCCGUUUUAUGAUCUUAUAAUGAAAAUUAUGAAACCGUUUGCAAGAAAAGAACUCAAACUUUUGGUACUUCAUUUACAUUACGCCGACAUUGAUUGGGAAAAUUUCUACGAAACUGUCAUCCCACGAUCAUGUUUACCUUCUAAUUACGGUGGUGAAUUAGAAUCUGUCGAAGAAUUGAGUAGAAAAAAUUUGGAGCAGUUGAAAGAGUUGAAAGAUUAUUUUAUGAUCGAAGAAUGGUGCGUUUAUGAAGAUCGUCGAGAGAAUAGUACAAAACAAACUCUUCACAAUAUGGAUUUUGACUUGGAAUAUGAUUAUAUGGAAGCCCUGAAAAGGCAAGGUCACGUGCAAGCAGAUGUUGAUGCGUUGAGAAACAUUGUAGAAAGUUAUUCGAUUGUCCCAAAGUCGAUUACAAACAAACAGAUUCUUCUUUUCCUGGAUUCUUGUGGCGGUAUUGAAGAGGGAGCAAGGGUUAUGAAAAUUUACUAUCAAAUCAAAAAGAACUCGCCGGAACAUUUUUUAAAUCGCGACCCUCAAAAUCCGAAAAUUCAACAGUGUCUCAAACAUCAAGAUUAUUUUUAUUUGCCAAACACACCAAAAGGUGAUCUCAUUAUUUUCCACCGUCUAUCCAGCCCAAAGGCAUCAGACUAUUGCUUCGACGAGGCUAUUAAAACAUUCUUCAUGACAAUUGAGUCAUGCUUACAACUUCAUGGCCCGAGAGAUGGUGCAAUUUUCUUAUUCGAUAUGAAAGGCGUCGGACUUAUGCAUUUAACACGAGUGAACUUGACAUCAAUUAAGAAGUUCUUUGCUUAUCUUCAAGAAGGCGUUCCAGGAAAGUUGCGCGCUAUUCAUGUGCUGAAUGUUGUUUAUUUCUUUGACAAAAUCCUUUCCAUGAUUAAGCCUUUCAUGAAAGCCGAAAUUCUCAAAUGUCUACAUUUACAUUCAUCAGGCAUGGAUUAUGGGAAAUUCUAUAAAGAACACAUUCCAAAAAGUUGUUUACCAUCAGAUUUUGGUGGUGACUUAGAGUCGGUUGCAGAGUUACAUGCAAAACAUUGUAAAGAAUUUAUGCGUUUAAGAAGUUAUUUUAUGAUUGAGGAACAACAAGCAGCCUUCAAACUCGAUAUGCAUCAGCCGUUUCUAGCAAGUGCAAGUGCUCAGCUCAAUUACAUGACAACUGAAGAACUUCGUGAAAUAUUCAGUAAUGACGACAAACUUGAUGAAACAAUCAAUGAAAUUCUGAAAUCAUUAGAGAAUGAAAAGGAUGUGAUAAUAAACGAAAACAGAACCUUGGCUGAGAGUAAUCUUGAAAUGGAACCAAAACUCAUUGAAAUACGUUCCAGGAUAAAUGAUCUGACACAAGAAGGGAAAGACCUGAGCCAAAGUGUUCAAUCAAAGCUGGAGGAAAUCAAAUCAAAAUCAUCAAAUGUGAAUCCUGAAAAUAUGCUUGAUAUUUUGAAAGCUUCAGCAGCUGAAAGUGAGGAAAAAAGUGAGAAAUUUGCUGAAGACUUUUUAGAAAGCAGCGCAUCAAUCGAAGAGUUUCUUGACAAGUUCAAGGAAUCGAGAAUUGAAAUGCAUUUGCGCAAGUUGAAAGCUGAUAAAAUGCAAGAGUUAUUAAGAAGAGGGAAUACUGGUAAUGGGCCGCCGGCACAAUCGAACUAUCCUCCUGGUCCUGGCAAUUUUUAUGGUCAACAUCAACGAAACCCUGCGCCAUAUCCCAACAUGCCUUCCUAUCCAAUGAUGCCAAUGCCACCCGUUUACAGACCUCCUUUCUAAAGCUUCGACUCGCACAAACGAACAUGAGUAAUUCAAAUAAAUUUUGCAUUAAAAAUGCUCCAAAAUUGAUUAUUUUAACGUCUGCAUGUUUAAUAUAUGUUUUCAUCUUCUUAAAAUAAAAGCGUUUAAAGAAAUAAAAUAAUUUAGAUUAUUUACAACUUGAAUUGCAAUUUAAACU